AUACCGACGCCUCUGUCAAAUACUCGGCGUUGGAAGGCGCCCCUCAUUCCCCACGUGAUGUGUUUCAAACUGUCGCUUCGGCAUAUUUGUCCCUCGCUAUGUGAAGGGGGUGUUUAUUUACAUUUACGUCUGCAACGACGCGACACCUCCUUUCACUAUAUAUUUAAUGGGUCCGCCAAUUUUUCAUAACUUCAACCAAAACCUCUUCUGCUAGCACCUUUGCGUAUCUAAUCGCGUCCACUCAUUUCUAGCCAGCCGAUUUCGUUCGUUUGUUCAUCAACUCCCAUCCAAUGCGUUUCACCUCAAUUGCUGCCAUUUUGGCCAUUUCCAGCGCUGUCUCCGCUGUUCCUUUCAAGAGAUACGACAACUCUACCCAGCCUUCAGCUGCUGGUGCCAAGGCGGCCGUGCCAUCCUCUUCCUACGCGUCCGUUGACCCUGACACCACCGUCAUUGUCGAUGAGUACGAGACUGUCACCUUGCCAGGCACCACUGCCACGUUUGCAGCCUCUGCCACCAGUGCCAUCGCGUCAGCCAAGUCGGUUGCCUCCCAGGCCUCCCAGUCCUCGGUUGCUGCCCAAGCCUCCCAGGAUGGCCUGAGUGCAACCACCACCUCCACCAUCACUUCGGUCAUCACUGUCACCAGUGAUGCUACCGUGUUCGUGACCACCUCCACCAGUGCCUCCACUGGUUUGGCCAAGGAGACCAAGGAUGCCACUGAAGCCAAGGCUGCUGCUGUCACCGAUGCUCCAAGCUCCAAUGGCCAAUGUGUGCCUGCUACUGUCACUGUCACCGUGACUGCCAACCCUUCCAAGGCUGCUGCUGCUGCCAGCGGUGCUGACGACGAGGAUGUUACCCAAACCCUCACCGUGACCUCCACCCAGACCACCUCAUACCCGGUGACUGCCGAGUUCACCCACUCUGACAGCACCACCACCAUCACCUCCUACGUGCAAGUGACCUCCACCGGCACUUACACCACCACCACCGCGGUUCCAAAGAACUCAGUGAAGGCUGAAGCCGCCACUGGUUCGUCCACUGUUGCCGCCGAGUCGACUGCCGCAAAGGCGGUCGCUCCUGCCCCCACCUCUGGUGCCAACUCCACCGCCCCUGCCCCAAGCAAUGGUACUGUGUACUCAGCUGCUUCGGCCCCUUCGUGGAUCCACACCGACGAUGCGCCUAACGCCAAGAGAGCCUCUGGCUUCUUCAAGUUUCUUCUUUAGGUAGACUGUUCUACAAUUUUAGUUAGGGUAUAUUUAUGGUUAUUUGUGACGAUUGUAGUGCGAGAUUAAUGACUUGCAGUUAUCAAAUAUGAUUGAAUGUGGAGGAAGACUCAAAAAUAUUGAAUGCAUUAUUGGCGUGAUUGAAAUGAAGGACCACUAAUCAUUCGGGUUUGACCAAGGGCUCCAAGCCACAGUGGCUGCAGGUUAGUUUUCAGGAACAAAUGCAAACUGGUCAAUUACGAAAAUGCACCGUACAAAUCUUAGUUUCAGCGUCGCAAUAGAGAGGUCCUCCAUUCAUUUAGUUCUAAUCAUAGAAAUGGAUAGGUGCUAUAAAUUUUACUCAAUAAUCUUCCACCAAUUUAAUGAGUAUAAUAAAUAUUUCUCAUGGUAGAAAGGAUCACCUGUGCUAGUGAACUAGCCAUUGAUGGAAGAUACUGGUCCAUUUAGCCCGAGUAAUGCAGCAGAGUACUGAGAGAUCCAGUAGUGAGACUCUAGUAAGG